AUGGCGCAUGAACAUGAAGAACCGGAGCAAACAAACGACUCGCGGCGAGUAAAUCGUCAAUCAGAAGAGGAGAAGAGGAAGGAACAUUCAUCAUCGAAAGGCAGCGGGAAGAAGAGAUGGUGGAAGGUAUCGAAGAAAUGGGAAAGGCAGCACAGUGAUUGGUGGUUCGCCAGUACUGGAAUUCCUCUACUCGCAGCGACUCUUGGACCGCUGGCAAAUGUGAGCUCAAUAGCUGCUCUCGUCACCCCUUGGAGGCAGCAAAAUAUCAUAGAUGGCGUCCGGAUCUCCGACUUCAAAGGCGUACCUUUCGGCGACCCAAGAUGGUGCUACUGGAUCAAUGUGGCAUCCUUGAUCUGUGGUUUUCUCGGAAAUCUCUUCUUGCUUUUGAACUUUACACAAAGGAUCCGUUACAUUAUUUCUCUACCCGUUACUGUCGUUUUAUGGUAUCUUUCAUCUGCUUUUCUUAUUGCGAUAACGAUAUGCAUGAACACUUACGAACCACCUAUCCGGCCGGAGCAGGGAUACACGCAAGGGUUUUGGUACGCGAUUGCUGCUGCUGCGUUUUACACUAUCUGCUCUAUGAUCCUCAUGGUCAACAUGCUGGGCUACUUUCUUGGUCACUACCCCGAGAAUUUCGCGUUGAGCGACAGCCAAAGAACGCUCAUCUUACAGACCAUGGCCUUCUUCAUUUGGUUAGGCGGUGGCGCUGCGGUAUUUGCAAAACUCGAACAAGACGCUGGUGAAGAUAGUUGGAGAUUCGCUGAUGCUUUGUACUUUUGCGACGUAACCAUUCUGACCGUUGGGUUCGGUGACCUGGUACCUACUACCGAUCUCACCAGGGGUAUUGUCUUCCCUUACUCUGUCGGCGGCACAAUAAUUCUAGCCCUUAUAGUCUCAUCGCUUUACACAGCAGUGCGCGAGCUCGGCGACGAAAAGAUUGUUCAGAAGCACGCUGAUCGCAUGCGCGAGCGUGUCGCAGAACGUACAGUUACCAACUCAUUUGAUCUCCGUCACCGCGAACGUGAGGCACACCACCUUAUUCGAAAACGCAAGCUUGGCUUCCCAAGGAUAUCAGCACCUAGUAAGCCACGGCCUUUCAGGACUCCUAUGGGCGAGUCGGUUCAGCAAACAUCCACUAUUCCGCGUGUCGCCCAUGCUUUUGGCAUCGCAUCCUCCAAACCGAAGAUCAUGCUAUUGAAAGAAGAGAAAGAUCGCUUUGAGGCUAUGCGCAAAAUUCAGGCUGAUUCACAUAAGUUCAAGCGUUGGAUGGCAUUAUUCUGGUCUGUUACCACUUUUUCAAUCCUUUGGUGUGUCGGCGCAGUCGUCUUCUGGAUUACUGAAGGGGAAACGCAAAAUUUGACGUACUUUCAAUCGCUUUACUUCUGCUAUGUCAGUCUGUUAACUAUCGGUUAUGGAGACUUGGCGCCGAGAUCCAACUCCGGGCGCUGCUUCUUCGUCAUCUGGAGCUUGAUCGCCGUGCCGACUAUGACCAUCUUAGUUUCAGAUCUGGGAGACACUGUGGUCGCCAAUUUCAAGAGAUGGAGUGACGAACUCGCGGACUUUACAGUGUUGCCUAAAGCAGGUAUCUGGCGUUCAUUCUUGAACAAGCAUCCCUGGUUGCUUCGAUGGCUACAGCAAUGGACAGAAUACCGAGCACGAAAGAAACGACUGAUCAGAGGCUUUGGUGUCGCAGAUCCAAGAUCAGAGGAUGAUACUGCAGGUUCCGCUGACCCUCAAAACCGAGAAGACACACUCAUCGAUCCUGAGGAUCGCGAGGUAGCAACCGACAUAGAAUUAGCUCGUCACCCUACAGUUCCUGCCCUCGCUGAAGAAGCAGAGGCUGAUGCCACAAACCCUCCCACUCGUGCCUCUCUUACCCGCCGUCUCGCCCUUUCCAUUCAGAAAGUUUCCCUCGAUCUGAAAACCGACAACAAACGCUACACAUAUGAAGAGUGGGUUGAGUUCACGCGACUUAUCCGCUUAACCAGUCCGGAGCGUCUAGAUCGUGAUCUAGGGAAUGAUAUUACGACUUUUGAAGAGGAGAACCAAGAGGGCUUGGUGAAUUGGGAUUGGAUCGGAGAUGAUAGCCCUAUGGUGUCCGGUAUUAGUGAGAGUGAUUGGCUUAUGAAACGGUUGAUUGAGAGUUUGGUGAGGUUGGAGAGGAGAAAGGAGGUUGCGAGGGGAAAUUCCAACUUUGAGGCCAUAAGGGAGAUGGAAAAAGGAUGUGGUGAUAUCAAUCAGCAAGACGAUAUAAGAAAUUAG